AGUGACGGAGACGUGGCGGGAUUGAGGCUGGAGGACGACGCGGUGUGGGAGUCCACCCCGCUGUGGCCUCCGCCCCUGCCUGGCGCCGCGCCCGCCUGUCCCGUCGGCCGGAUUUCGGAAGGCUCGACCUGGGCACCGUGUGCCUCUGUGGAGGGAGUUGGCAGGCGGGCGGUCUGGGAUUCCUGUCAGCUCCCCCUGCUAUGUGGGCCCCUGUGCCCACUGGGUGAACACCGAAUCGGGAGGAAGAGAUUCCCUGGGAGAGGAGGAGUCACGUUAGUCUCUGGUUUGGGCUCAAGAGAGCUAAAGCACAAGUUGGGAAAUGGAGCUGGAAGCAUGAUAGAUAGGCAAAUGGAUGCUCCCGUGUUUUAUCUGUACAGUGAUGAACAAUUUCAUAUUAAAGAGCUGGGUGUAUGAAAAAUGGACCAAGAUCAAUCUAUAAAAGAUUGUGACCAUGGCUGCUGAGUCUGAUGUUCUACACUUCCAGUUUGAACAGCAAGGCGAUGUGGUCCUACAGAAAAUGAAUCUCUUGAGACAGCAGAAUUUAUUUUGCGAUGUAUCCAUUUAUAUUAACGAUACUGAGUUCCAGGGUCACAAGGUGAUUCUGGCUGCUUGCUCCACUUUCAUGAGAGAUCAGUUUUUACUCACACAGUCAAAACAUGUCCGCAUCACCAUUCUGCAGAGUGCAGAAGUUGGCAGGAAGCUGCUGUUGUCCUGCUAUACUGGGGCGCUUGAAGUGAAAAGGAAAGAGCUACUGAAAUACUUGACUGCUGCCAGCUACCUUCAGAUGGUUCACAUUGUAGAGAAAUGCACGGAAGCGUUGUCAAAGUAUUUGGAGAUUGAUCUUUCUAUGAAAAAUAACCAACACACUGACUUGUGUCAGUCUUCAGAUACAGAUGUUAAGAAUGAAGAAGAAAAUUCUGAUAAAGACUGUGAGAUCAUUGAAAUUUCAGAAGAUAGUCCUGUAAACCUAGAUUUCCAUGUCAAAGAGGAGGAAAGCAAUGCAUUGCAAUCUGCUGCAGAGACACUGACAUCAGAGCGAAGGGGAAUGCAGUCACCAGAGCUCUGUACAGUAGAUGGUGGCUUUAAAGAGAAUGAAAUUUGUAUCCUCCAUGUAGAAUCCAUCAGUACAGAUGAUGUAGAAAAUGGGCAGUUUUCACAGCCUUGUACCUCAUCCAAAACAGGCAUGUAUUUCCCUGAAACCCAGCAUUCGUUGAUCAAUUCUACAGUUGAGAACAGAGUGACAGAAGUUCCUGGAAAUACACAUCAAGGGUUGUUUUCUGAGAAUUCUGAUGGAAGUCAUGGUACAGUAAGUGAGAUUCAGAAUCUGGAUGAGAACAUUUCCUUGAGGCACCAGUGCCCCAGGUGUCCAAGGGGCUUUCUUCAUGUAGAAAACUAUCUUCGCCACCUUAAGAUGCAUAAACUCUUUUUGUGCUUGCAGUGUGGGAAAACAUUUACACAGAAGAAAAAUCUUAACCGUCACAUUCGAGGACACAUGGGUAUACGGCCCUUUCAGUGUACUGUGUGUCUGAAGACCUUUACUGCUAAAAGCACACUUCAGGACCACUUGAACAUACACAGUGGGGACCGGCCAUAUAAAUGCCAUUGUUGUGAUAUGGAUUUCAAACACAAAUCUGCUCUCAAAAAACACUUAACCUCUGUUCAUGGCAGGAGCAGUGGUGAAAAAUUAUCUAGGCCUGAUCUCAAACGGCAGAAUCUACUGUAAUCAAAUCAAUGACUUUUGAAGUAAACAGAAUCACUUCGUUAGACACAUCUGUUUAUAAAAAUGCAGCAUUUGUAUCAUUUAUUUUUGUUCUUACAUGUUAUUCAUUCUGAACUGCUAAUAAUUCCAAAGUUGUGAGUGGUGUGAUUAGGUUGAUUUGACUCUACAUUGUCUCAAACAUUAUGUAGUCGUCCUCUGUUCAGCAGUAAUUGCAGAUUCUGAUUUGUAGUUUUUAGAUAAGUGAUUUAAUGUUCAACUAUAUAGAACUUUAAUGAGGUAAGAUGAAAAAUAGAUUUAAAAGCAGAGUGUUGCACAUUGCUAUUAAUAUUGGAAGCAGAUAGGACUAGCAACUUUCUUUUUAAAAUUUUAACCAGUGUUCUUGAAUUAUAACCAGAAUCCCAAGGUACUUUCUUAAACUAAAGGAGCACAAUUCAGAUUCGCAAGGGGCCAGCAGAAUGUCUUUAGAACUGUAUAACUUAAAUGUCCAAAAGAAUAUGUAAUUAGACCCUUUUCCUGAUUAUAUAUGACAUAGUUGGAUUAAGAACUCUGUGGCCAAUGUAAGCAUUUUCAUGGCAUAGAUUGGCUAGUUACUUUUCUUAAAUAUUCCACUUUCAUCAAAGACAUUGUUAUAUUGUUUACUAAGGGUUUCUUUUUGGGGGGGUUCACAUGCACUAAAAUUGAGUGUAAUUACAUUUCUAGAGUUUAAUACAUAUCUAAUUGUCUGCAAAUGGGACACAGAAUAGUUCCAUCACCUUCCAGACUUCCCUCAUGCUACUCUGUGUAGUCUACCCCUUAUAAUUCUAAUUCUACUAAGAGUUCCUCAUGGAUAUAAUUUGUCCUAAUCUGUGGUGAUAUAAAACUGGAAUCUUACGUUCUCUUUUGAUAUUUUUUAAACUAAAAUAAUGCAGUUGAGCUUGACAUAUAUGUAUAUUAGCAACUCAUUACUUUCUUAUGUCUCUUAUUUUACUUUUGACAUGAUUUGUGUAGCCCAGGCUGGCCUUGAAUUUGCUUUGAUUCUUGAGCACUGAGAUUAUGUCUGGGCCCUGUUUUUGUUUUGAAUUGCUUUUAUAUGCAUUUUCUUUUCAAGCAGUCAUCAGGUUAAUAGUUUACUUUUCAAAAGCUACGAGAGUUAUAAUGUCUCAUUUGUAUGAAUAUCUGUACAUUGAAAACUUUUGCCCUUACAAUGAAGAGCAAAAUUUACUGGCGAGCAAAUCACUUUCCCUGACCAUAGGAAGAACUAAACUUACAUUCAAACUAUCCUAUUUCUCUACAUAACUUAGCUCUGUGUAGAGUUUCUACUGUAUUUAAGUUUUACUGACUCUUUUCUGUAUUUUAACAUGUAAUAUUCUUUGUACUAUAUAAGAGGUUUGUGAAAAUCAUGUAGAUGUUAUAUAUAAUUUUUAUGAUACUUUUGUGGGAAUAAUGCUACAUUGAAUUUUUAACUCUGGGAGAGACCUUAAAGAAUAUAAGUCUCACAGUUACUUCAUAACCCAAGUCACUAAUUAAUGACAUUGAGCAGGUCACCUGUCCUUCAACUUUUCUUAAUUUUAUAUAAAAUAACUUUGAUCUUCAUUAUUUGUAGAAAUAUUUCUAAGUCUAAAUUUCUACAAAUUUAUAUUCUUUGUGUGAAUAGAGGAGACAUUUAUGUCUUUACAAACACUGCAAUUUGAGUACUCUCUUGGAAGCAGAACUUUUUUAAGGUAGACACUUUGUCCCACCGGAGAAUGGACUUGUUCAGUGACUAAGUUCCUUUCUUACAUAACUUAAAGAAUGGCCAGUUAUAGUUGUGAACGUAUUUCCCGCAGAAAAACAGUUUGUUAUUGAAGUGCUUCCCUUAUUUUUGCUUCCUGAAUUAAAUUUUGGAAGGGAGGGCUAGGGAUGGGUGGAGAGGGUAAACUAUAGUAAACAAUGGAUUUUUUUAGGAAGUGGUAUCUACUAUACUGGGUGUUUGGAACAUUUUGAUUGAAUGUGUUUUAAGUUUUAUUUGUGCCUUGUAAGAUUGCUGUAAAAUCAAAAUUUGUGAUCACUUUGAAAGUUUUGCUUGUGGGGAGGGUGUUUAAUAAAGUGGUUGUUAUUUAUAUUAUUUAUUUCCAUUAUGCGGAAAGAUUGAUCCUAGGAGCUGGGCAAAGUGUACAUGCCUGUAAUUCUAGCACGUGUGAGAUAGGGGCAAGAGAUUCAGUUCAGGGCCAGCCUUUCUUAUAUAUAGCUAAGUUUGAGGCCAGCCUUAUUGUCAUACAGAAGACAUUGUUUUGGGAAAAACAAAACAAAGAUGUAAAACAAAAAAAAAGCAUUCCUGGAAGAGUAUCCAUUUGCAUGACAUUUCUGAAAAAUUCAGCAAAGUAGAAUCUGUAAAGAUAUGCAGGUAUGACAAAGUGAAGUGUAGCAUCUAUUCAUUUUAAAUAUUUAGCUGUUUGUUUAUAAUAUGACAGGAAAGCAGUAUGUUUGGGUUGAACCUCGUAUGUACUGCAUUUAUAUGUGUAAAAGAUUUUAAAAGGUAGUUGUUACUUUGUUGUAGAGAACAAUCCUCUUUUCAUUGGAUGUAAUUAUGUUUGUAUGGAACAAUAAACUGGCGGUGGGAAUGGAGAA